UGUAAACAUCCGCAAACAUCAGCUGCGGGUAAAGUCUGAUUGAAAUGAGUAACCUUUCAGUUGCGCAAAAGGAGACCGAGCAACGGACCCCAAAACACAAAAAUGGCCAAACAAGCGGUAACAACCAUAUUCUUUGUUCUUUUUCAUUGUAUUAUAAGUUACUGGGCGUUAAUGUCUUCUUGUAGCAUCCACUCGUCCCCAAAAAAUAGCAUUCCAGCGAUCGCCAAGUAUUUUGGCUCCAAAGGUCGCUACGAAGAGGUCAACACGUACUUAAUCGGCGAUCUUUUAGCCACAAACAAUUCCCUUGUGACACUGCCUCCCUCGAAAUGCAGCGAAAUUCAUUUGACAGCUAUAGUCCGGCACGGGACGAGGUACCCGACCACUAAAAACAUUCAGAAGAUGCGCGAAUUUUAUGAUCUCGUCAUGCGUGAUGCAACCGGCAACUUAAAUGGUUUUUCAGAGAUAAAGUCUCAGUGGAAGAUGUGGUACACUGAUGAAAUGGACGGGCGACUGGUGGACAAGGGCCGUGCGGAUCACAGGCACCUGGCGCAGAGACUCAUCAAAUGGUUCCCUUCUUUGCUGACAGAGGACAAUGUGCGUCACGGACGCGUGAAACUGACCACCAGCUCCAAGCACAGGUGUGUGAACAGCACCAUUGCUUUCAGAGAGGGACUAAUGGAAGGACUCGGCACAGAGGCUGAGUUGGAACCUGCUGUUAAUGACGCUUUAAUGCGUUACUUUGACCAGUGUGAACGGUUUGUGAAAGAAGUGGAGAACAACAAGAGUGCCUUGGAGGAGGUGAAACGUUUUAAAGAAGGCCCUGAGAUGAAAAGUGUAAUGGAGAAAAUGGCUGACAGGCUGAAGGUCCCUUACGCCAGCAUCACCGUUGAUUCAGUGGAAGCAGCUUUCUUUCUGUGUGCAUAUGAGUUUACUAUCCAUGAUCUGAACUCACCCUGGUGCCAGUUGUUUGACGAGGAAGAUGCACAGGUGAUGGAGUAUGCUGGUGACCUGAAACAGUACUGGAAGCGAAGCUAUGGGCAUGAUAUCAACAGCAAGUCUAGCUGCAUCCUCUUCCAUGAUCUUUUCCAUCGUCUUGACCAAGUUGUAGAUCAGAUCAAUUCAGAUGGUGCUCUGUCAGAGGCUGUGACAGUGCAGGUCGGCCAUGCUGAGACCCUGUUACCCCUCCUCUCCUUGCUGGAUCUGUUCAAGGAUGACAUCCCUCUUAGCUCAACUAACUUUGCAACCCAGAAGAAGAGAAUAUUAAGAAGUGGGAACAUUGUGCCAUACGCUGCGAACCUGCUGGUAGUGCUGUAUAAAUGCCCGGAGGGGAUUAGAAUGGGUGUGCGACUCAAUGAGAAAUCUUUGACCUUGCCUGGACUCACCGACCCUGUCCCAAUGUACGAGGAUGUGAAGAAACGCUACGGUGCUCUACUCGAGGGUUGUGACCAAGAGACUGUGUGUAAAAUUAACAGUUAAUGAACAUAAAUGUACAGCACAUCACAAAGGCCAGUUGACUGACAUUUUCAUAGAAGCAACAACUAGCAAAAAGGAAAACAAAAUGUCUUUUAAAUAGGUUAUACAACAUUUUACUGUUGAUAGAACAUUAAAUGAAAGAAAAUAUUUUUAUAUAUUAAUUAUAUAUAU